CGCCCACGGAGCAGAGCCAGGCCGGCCUGGCCGCCGCUGUGCGCGAGCCAACGCUUCUGCAGGGGCCCAUGCGCGCCGGCAGCAGCUCCUGACCCUGAGGUUAGGAAGGGAUCGAGGCGAGCCUAGAGCUCAAAGACUGGGAUCAUGGACCGAGUGCGGUUCACAGCGUCUGGCCCUCCCCUACGAGGGUGGCUGCUGCUAGCGACUGUGACAGUGGGGCUCCUGGCUCAGAGCGUCUUGGGGGGUGUGAAGAAGUUGGAUGUGCCCUGCGGAGGGAGAGACUGCAGCGGGGGUUGCCAGUGCUACCCAGAGAAAGGAGCACGGGGUCAGCCAGGAGUAGUGGGCACCCAGGGGUACAAUGGCCCCCCAGGGUUGCAAGGAUUCCCAGGACUACAGGGCCGCAAAGGAGACAAGGGUGAACGGGGAGUCCCUGGACCAACUGGACCAAAAGGAGAUGUGGGAGCGAGAGGCGUCUCUGGAUUCCCCGGUGCAGAUGGAAUUCCUGGGCACCCAGGGCAAGGCGGACCCCGAGGAAGGCCAGGCUAUGAUGGUUGCAAUGGAACCAGAGGAGACGCCGGUCCACAGGGGCCCUCUGGAUCCGGGGGUUUCCCUGGCCUCCCUGGGCCCCAAGGACCCAAGGGACAGAAAGGUGAACCUUACGCCCUCUCCAAAGAAGAUCGUGACAAAUACCGGGGUGAACCUGGAGAGCCUGGCCUGGUCGGCUACCAGGGGCCUCCUGGCCGCCCAGGGCCAAUAGGACAGAUGGGUCCCGUGGGAGCACCUGGAAGACCGGGACCACCAGGACCCCCUGGACCCAAAGGACAACCAGGCAACCGAGGACUAGGUUUUUACGGACAGAAGGGUGAAAAGGGUGACAUAGGACAACCGGGACCCAAUGGGAUUCCAUCUGACAUCCCUCUUGCUGGGCCCACCACGACAACAUACCCCGUGGAUCUGUACAAGCAGGGUGAAAAGGGGGAUGAAGGAGAUCAAGGGACACCCGGCAUAACCUUAAAAGGCGAGGAAGGCAUCAUGGGAUUCCCAGGAAUACGGGGUUUUCCUGGCCUUGAUGGAGAAAAGGGAGACAUAGGACAGAAAGGAAGCAGAGGCCUGGAUGGUUUCCAAGGCCCCAGUGGACCCCGAGGACCCAAGGGAGAACGUGGGGAACAAGGACCCCCAGGACCCCCUGCCUACUCACCCCAUCCAUCCCUGGCAAAAGGUGCUAGAGGUGACCCAGGAUUCCAAGGUGCACAUGGGGAGCCAGGAAGCCGAGGCGAGCCCGGAGACCCUGGACCCAUGGGGCCCCCAGGCCCAUCCGCAGGAGAUGAAGAUUCAAAGAGAGGCCUUCCAGGGGAGAUGGGACCCAAAGGCUUCUCAGGAGAACCAGGGGUCCCAGCACGCUAUCCUGGCCCACCAGGAAUUGAUGGACAACCAGGUCCCCAAGGAGUCCCUGGGCCUGCAGGUCCACCUGGACCAGAUGGCUUCCUGUUUGGCCUGAAAGGAUCAGAAGGGAGAGUGGGUUAUCCCGGACCCUCAGGUUUCCCAGGAACCCGAGGGCAGAAAGGAUGGAAAGGUGAAGCUGGAGACUGCCAGUGCGGCCAGGUCAUCGGGGGUCUUCCAGGACUGCCGGGACCCAAAGGUUUCCCUGGUGCCAAUGGGGAGCUCGGAAAGAAAGGUGACCAAGGAGACCCAGGCCUGCAUGGUAUCCCUGGGUUCCCAGGAUUCAAGGGAGCCCCGGGCGUCGCUGGAGCUCCUGGACCCAAAGGAGUGAAGGGAGACUCUAGAACAAUCACUACCAAAGGUGAGCGAGGACAGCCAGGUGUCCCUGGUGUACAUGGGAUGAAAGGGGACGACGGUGUCCCAGGACGUGACGGGCUGGAUGGGUUCCCUGGUCUGCCUGGUCCUCCGGGUGAUGGAAUCAAAGGCCCUCCAGGGGAUGCAGGUCUCCCUGGCGUACCUGGAAUCAAGGGCUUUCCAGGAGAAGUGGGUCCUCCAGGACAGGGCUUACCAGGCCCGAAAGGCGAGCGUGGUUUCCCUGGAGACGCUGGGUUGCCUGGACCUCCGGGCUUCCCUGGUCCUCCAGGUCCCCCAGGAACCCCAGGACAGACAGAUUGUGACACAGGAGUGAAAAGGCCUAUCGGAGGUGGCCAGCAAGUGGUCGUUCAGCCAGGUUGCAUUGAAGGCCCCACAGGAUCACCUGGCCAGCCAGGCCCCCCAGGCCCCACAGGUGCCAAAGGCAUCAGAGGAAUGCCAGGAUUCCCAGGAGUUUCUGGAGAACAAGGACUCAAGGGCUUUCCGGGAGACCCAGGUCGCGAAGGCUUCCCAGGACCCCCAGGGUUCAUGGGACCCCGAGGAUCCAAAGGUGCCACAGGCCUCCCUGGCCCAGAUGGACCCCAGGGCCCCAUUGGACUGCCAGGGCCAGCUGGACCCCCUGGGGACAGAGGGAUUCCAGGAGAAGUGCUAGGGGCCCAACCUGGUACCCGCGGAGAUGCUGGACUACCAGGACAGCCUGGGCUAAAAGGGCUCCCAGGAGAAAUAGGAGCACCUGGAUUCAGAGGAAGCCAAGGGAUGCCCGGGAUGCCAGGACUUAAAGGUCAGCCAGGCUUCCCAGGACCAUCAGGACAGCCGGGACUGUCUGGGCCCCCAGGACAGCAUGGAUUCCCAGGGGCUCCUGGCCGAGAGGGGCCUUUGGGGCUGCCAGGCUCCCCUGGCCUUGGAGGUUUGCCUGGAGACAGGGGCGAGCCUGGUGACCCUGGUGUGCCAGGCCCUGUGGGCAUGAAAGGUCUCUCUGGGGACAGAGGUGACGCCGGUGUGUCAGGCGAGCGUGGCCAUCCCGGAAGCCCUGGAUUUAAAGGAAUGGCAGGGAUGCCUGGUAUCCCUGGGCAGAAAGGCGAUCGAGGGUCACCUGGAAUGGAUGGCUUCCAGGGCAUGCUGGGACUUAAGGGAAGACAGGGUUUCCCAGGAAUCAAAGGAGAAGCAGGAUUCUUUGGAGUUCCUGGUUUGAAGGGCCUGCCUGGCGAGCCAGGGGUCAAAGGAAACCGAGGGGACCGGGGCCCCCCAGGACCACCUCCUCUCAUCCUGCCAGGGAUGAAGGACAUCAAGGGAGAAAAGGGAGAUGAAGGGCCAAUGGGCCUGAAAGGCUACCUGGGCUUAAAAGGCAUCCAAGGAAUGCCUGGGGUCCCCGGGGUGUCUGGAAUCCCUGGGCUACCUGGAAGGCCUGGCUUCAUCAAAGGAGCCAAGGGAGACAUUGGAGUCCCUGGCACACCAGGCUUGCCAGGAUUUCCUGGGGUGUCUGGCCCUCCUGGAAUUACGGGGUUCCCAGGAUUCACAGGAAGCCGGGGUGAGAAGGGUACUCCAGGAGUAGCAGGGGUCUUUGGCGAGACUGGCCCUACCGGGGACUUCGGUGAUAUCGGGGACACUGUGGACUUACCAGGAAGACCAGGCCUGAAGGGGGAGCGGGGAGUCACCGGAACUCCAGGUCUCAAGGGGUUCUUUGGAGAGAAAGGAGCUGAGGGUGACAUUGGAUUUCCUGGGAUAACAGGCAUGGCCGGAGCUCAGGGCUCUCCUGGACUCAAAGGACAGACAGGCUUUCCAGGGCUCACAGGACUGCAAGGGCCACAGGGAGAUCCUGGACGGGUCGGAAUACCUGGUGACAAGGGUGACUUCGGCUGGCCGGGCGUGCCAGGGUUACCAGGUUUUCCAGGAAUCCGAGGGAUCAGCGGAUUACACGGUCUGCCAGGCACCAAAGGCUUCCCCGGAUCCCCAGGUGUUGAUGGCCAUGGAGACCCAGGGCUCCCAGGCCCCACUGGAGACAGGGGUGACCGGGGAGAGGCCAACACACUUCCAGGCCCUGUGGGAGCUCCAGGGCAGAAAGGGGAACGGGGAACCCCAGGGGAACGUGGCCCAGUUGGAAGCCCAGGACUUCAGGGUUUCCCUGGUAUCUCUCCACCAUCCAACAUCUCUGGGUUACCCGGUGAUGUAGGCGCACCAGGAAUAUUUGGCUUGCAAGGCUACCAAGGCCCCCCAGGACCACCUGGGCCAAAUGCACUUCCUGGAAUCAAAGGAGAUGAGGGGAGCUUUGGAGCUGCAGGAUUCCCUGGACAGAAAGGAUGGGUUGGGGACCCAGGGCCCCAGGGCCAGCCUGGUGUAUUUGGUCUUCCAGGGGAGAAAGGGCCCAAGGGUGAACAAGGAUUCAUGGGCAACCCUGGGCCGUCCGGGGCUGUGGGUGACCGCGGCCCCAAAGGACCCAAAGGCGACCAAGGAUUCCCAGGUGCUCCUGGCUCCGUGGGAUCCCCAGGCAUCCCGGGCAUCCCCCAGAAGAUUGCUGCCCAGCCUGGGACCAUGGGUCCUCAGGGCAGGAGAGGCCUUCCGGGUGCACUGGGAGAGAUAGGGCCUCAGGGUCCUCCUGGAGAUCCAGGUUUCCGUGGAGCCCCAGGCAAGGCUGGGCCCCAGGGCAGAGGUGGCGUGUCCGCUGUUCCAGGGUUCCGGGGAGACCAAGGGCCCAUGGGACACCAGGGUCCAAUUGGCCAGGAAGGGGAGCCAGGCCGUCCAGGGAGCCCAGGCCUGCCAGGGAUGCCAGGCCGCAGUGUGAGCAUUGGCUACCUCCUGGUGAAGCACAGCCAGACGGACCAGGAGCCCAUGUGCCCGGUGGGCAUGAACAAGCUCUGGAGCGGGUACAGCCUGCUGUACUUCGAGGGCCAGGAGAAAGCGCACAACCAGGACCUAGGGCUGGCAGGCUCCUGCCUGGCACGCUUCAGCACGAUGCCUUUCCUGUACUGCAAUCCGGGGGACGUCUGCUACUACGCCAGCCGCAACGACAAGUCCUACUGGCUCUCCACCACGGCCCCUCUGCCCAUGAUGCCGGUGGCUGAGGAAGAAAUCAAACCGUACAUCAGCCGCUGCUCUGUGUGCGAGGCUCCGGCCGUAGCCAUUGCCGUCCACAGCCAAGACGUCUCUAUACCCCACUGCCCGGCCGGGUGGCGGAGUUUGUGGAUUGGAUAUUCAUUCCUCAUGCACACUGCAGCUGGGGAUGAAGGCGGUGGCCAGUCACUGGUGUCACCGGGCAGCUGUCUGGAGGACUUCCGCGCAACGCCCUUUAUCGAGUGUAACGGGGGCCGUGGUACCUGCCACUACUUCGCUAACAAGUACAGCUUCUGGCUGACCACAAUCCCUGAGCAGAACUUCCAGAGCACACCAUCCGCUGACACACUCAAGGCUGGCCUCAUCCGCACGCACAUCAGCCGCUGCCAAGUGUGCAUGAAGAAUCUGUGAGCCGUCCACCCUGCCAGCCAGCAGCGUGUGGGAAGGCCACUCUGGUGCUUAUUCUUUUGUAUUUGUUUCAAUUUUGUUUGAGACAAUGUCUCACUUUUCAGCCCUGUCUAGCCUGGAACUAUGUAACCCAGGCUGGCCUCCAAUUUGUGGCAAACCUCCUGCCUCAGUUUCCCAGAUGCUGGGAUUACGGGCAUGCGCCACCACACCCAGCUUGGUGCUUACUCUUAACUUAUUACCUCAGAUGCUGAUCCCAAAGUUGAUCUUAGUAUUUUCUUUAAAAACAAAACCACCAAAGCAAUUCUGCACCAGCACUCAUUCCAAUCGUCUCUCAGCAAGUGGGCAGUUCCUCUGGGCUCUACCAGCCAUGGGUCACAGCCCUGCUAACACCCACCUCCAAGAGCCAACCCCUCAGAGUAGCCCAUGGACCCCUCACCAUGGAGGACAUAAACAUCAUGCCACCAGGUGUACCCAACAGUGGCUGUCUUCCUUCAGUCUUCCUAGAAUAGGGCAGAGCCUAGAGGACAGGCUCACUGAUAUCUGUUUCCUCCCGAGGAUGUGUACAGUAUGCUCUAUCUAGACCUGUUUCCUUGGCGGAGGGGAUGGUAGCACUUUUUUCUACCAAAUCCAUGGCUGUCACCUCCCAAGUCCCCACAUGUUGGCCCCUGCCAUUUAAAGACCCUGACAGGGGCUGGCACAUGGCUCUGGCCCUAGACAAACCCACAGGGAAGGAGACAUCUCUCAGGCCCUCACCAGCAGCAUCUGCUGGAAGAUACACUUAGCAAGUCAUUCACAAUAAUGUCCUAUAACCUGUGUCACCCUAAACACCUCCCUCCACAACCGUGUUCCCUGCAGCAAGCUGUUCUGUGACUUUCCUGUGUAACACCACAAAUAAAAGAUAUUCUAAGUA